UUCGUGCCGCGGAGAAUAGAUUCUUAUCUGUCGAAAUUCCCCUGUGACUGAAAUCCACCGCUUCAAGUGUAGAAAAUCCCCUGCAAUCCUUUCUCCCUCUCCUGAAAAACCCUAGAAACGAAAUCGAAGGAGAUGGCGACAGAGACGUCAGUAAUGGCUGUGAUAAGAGCAUCUCGACCUUCAUUCCUGAAGCCACACGACAAGAUCGCAUUCGCCGUCCACGCCUCUUUUCUCUCUUCCGGUUAUACCCUCACCGCCACCGGCACUUCCGCCUUCUCCCACCCAACAACACCACCCUCUUUAGAGCAAGGUGAGGUUGGAAUUGAUGGCUGGAAUGAACUUGACGAUUGUUAUGGAUUCAUGUACACAAAGACAGAGAAAGGCACCAAGAAAUCAGUAUUGGUAAAAUGCUUGGUGAUCGGUGAUAAGCUCGUGAUUGACGCUUUACCGCUCGAGGAUGACCAAAAAGAACCGUAUAACCUACAAAUUAAUGUGAACGAUUAUGUGUCAGAUGAAGGUAGCAGUCCGACUAACUACAGCGAGAUGUAUAAGAAUUUCCCAGUGCUGGUUGAGAAAUUGCAAUUGGAUCUUCUCGAUAAAUUGGAGAACAAUCCAAAGUCCAAAUGUUCAACUCCUUCAACUUCCAGGUUGGAAGCAACUCAAAAAGGUGAAGGAUUAGAUCGUAGGCCGAACCAACCUGCUGUGGGAGUUUUCCCUGAGGAUCGACCAUAUUCUUCAGGCAUCGAAUAUCCUCCUGUUUUUCUUCCUACUGGAAUCGAUGAUCUCCACCCACGGCUGGGUGCCGGAUUUUAUCCUACCAGGGGUGGAUUUGGCUCUGGUGGGGGCAUGCUUUUGGGGCCUAAUGAUCCACGCUGGGGUGGAAUAGGCGGAGAACAGCCUGGUUUCCCUGGCGGCGGUCUUGCUCCUGGUAUUCCGCCGGGCAGUCGCUUCGAUCCGUAUGGUCCUCCUGGUGUCCCUGGAUUUGAGCCUGGCCGCUUUGUCAGGAAUCCUCGGCGUCCUGGGGGUGGAACUCAUCCGGACUUGGAACACUUUGGCAGCUCAGAUUUUAUUUAGAUGUACUGCUGCUUCACCUAACACCCUACUUUGAGACGUUUGUAAAAUGUUUUUAUGUCCAGUUGGAGACCUGAUGCUUGUUUUUUUUUUGCCCCGCAUGUAUAUAUUACUUCGGAUUCUAUGUUUCCGGUGAUAAUGGAUUGAGGGUUUUUAAGAAGGGUACAUCAAGGCACACACGUCCGUAGCCCUUCCUCUUGUUUGUUGAAAAUAAGAUAAUUGGAUACUUUUCCA